GGAGAGGCUUAGUUUGUUAAUAAUUUUGGUCACUUAAAAAAUGUCUAGAGGGAGAAACUCUAGGCUCCCCCCACGGCAGUUCUCCGGCCAGCCUUCCCUCAGCCGUCCCCCAACGUCAUCUUCUCCUGGCCUCCUCCACCUUCCCUCCCCCUCCAGACCUUCCUAUGCUUCUGUCCUAUCCAACCCCCCACCUCAUAUCAGCAACCCUCCCAGAAAAAAUGGCACUCAGGAUGAUCUGCUAACAUCCCUACUUCCUGACAACAACUUUCCCAGAGCUUAUGGCACACAUGAGGGAUUACCAUCCAUCACUUUUGCUCCUCAGGAAGUCUCCAAGCUCGUGGACAAGCUCCAAUGGUCCCUCAUCGGUACAUUUGAAAAACAGAGGCCUGCACUCAACCUCCUUAGAAGCUGGUUUGCUAAGGUCGGUUUCAACCAAAAACUACAGGAGAAUUACCAAGAUGUACUUCACACCUAAUGUCCCUACCAAUUUGGUGUCUGUUUUCUUCAGCCCAAUAUUCCAUCCUUGCAAGCCUUGACCUUGAUAUGUUUCCAUAUGCCGCAUUGUGAAGAUGACAUAGUCGUAAAAGUUCUUCAUCUCCCUGAACUCCAUUCCUAGCCUCUUUGGUGUUGCCUUCCUGACUUUCUCAAAUUUGGUCAUCAUAUUUCUGGAAUCCAUGUACUUCGCAAACAUAUUUAUCUGCACAAAAUUUUGUUUAGCCUAAUAAUUUUCAUUUCUCGCAUAAAAAAUAAUUUCGACAGUGCACCUUACCAUAAGUACUAGUUACAUAAUAUUAUUUCGU